GAUGGCGACAGCGAUGGCGACGAUGACGGCGACGAUGACGGCGACGAUGACGGCGACGAUGACGGCGACGAUGACGGCGACGAUGACGGCGACGAUGACGGCGACGAUGACGGCGACGAUGACGGCGACGAUGACGGCGACGAUGACGGCGAUGGAGAUAGCGAUGGCGAGGUUGAGGUCGACAGCGAGAGCGAGGGCGAGGAUGAGGGGAAGGGCGAUGGCGAUGGCGAUGGUGAUGGCGAUGGCGAUGGCGAGGGCGAUAGCGACGAUGAA